AGCGCCAUUUGCAGGGCUCCGAGGUGUACACAGAGUGUAUACCGUGAUGGGGGUGAAGAACCGCCCGCAAUGCUACUUUGAUGUGGAAAUAAACAGGGCUCCAGUGGGCCGCAUUGUCUUUGAAUUAUUUUCAGAUGUCUGCCCCAAGACCUGUAAGAAUUUCCUCUUUCUCUGCACAGGUGAAAAAGGAUUAGGAAAAAAAACUCGAAAGCAACUUUGCUAUAAGGGCUCCACUUUCCACCGUAUUGUAAAAGAAUUUAUGGUCCAAGGUGGUGACUUCAGUGAAGGUAAUGGACGAGGAGGAGAAUCUAUUUAUGGCGGAUACUUUGAAGAUGAGAAUUUUGUGCUCAAACACGACAGGGAGUUCCUGUUGUCAAUGGCAAACAGAGGAAGAGAUACAAAUGGUUCCCAGUUCUUCAUAACGACAAAGCCAGCUCCACAUCUCGAUGGUGUACAUGUCGUCUUUGGCCAAGUCAUAACUGGAUUCGACACAAUAAAAGAAAUAGAAAACCUGAAGACAGAUGCUGCCAGCCGACCAUAUGCAGAUGUUCGAAUCAUUGACUGUGGGGAGUUUGUCCCUAAGUCUGCAAGUCAUGUGACUGAGCGCAGGAAAAAGGUCACUACUUCCUACUCUUCACAUGAAUCUGAGACCAGUUCCGAUUCUUCAACAUCUUCCAAGUCAUCAGACUCUGAGUCAGAAACUGAAGAAGAAAGGGAAAAGAGAAGGAAAAGGAAGAGGAAGAUGAGAAGCAAACAUUCAAAAAGACGGAAAGAAACCAGAAGCAAAAAGAGAAAAAUAUCUUCCCAUCAGAAGAGUCACAAUGGUGUAGAUGAAGAGGACGAUAAAGACAGAGAAUCAAACCCAAAGCGACAGAAACUGUCAGUAAGGCCUGAAGAGAUUCCUCCAGUACCAGAGAACAGAUUUCUGCUCAGGCGGGAUUUACCAAAACCAGACACUGAACCCAAAGUUCAGGAAGCACCCUCAACCCAUAAUGAUCAGAAACCAGUGGUGUCAAAAUCAGGCCGUAAAAUUAAAGGCAGAGGCACGAUGCGCUAUCGAACGCCUUCAAAAUCUAGAUCACACUCAGAAUCUGAACUGGAUGAGGAAAGCAGUGAAACACCACCUCAUUGGAAGGAAGAAAUGCAGCGAGUUAGAACUUAUCGUGCUGCCAGUUUGGAGAAAUGGACUAAAGGAGACAAGUUAAAGUCAGAGUCGCGUAAGUGGAGCGACAGAUCAGCUUCUCCGUGGUCACGGUCUUGGUCACAUGAUGGCUAUUACUCAGACGAUCGCAACAGGCGGAAAUCUAGCCACUAUAAGAGGACUAAAAAGGAGCGGAGGAAAAUCAAAGCAAAGAAAAAAUCAAAGAAGCAGAAGCAUUCGAGAAGACAUAAAGUGCACAAACAUAAAACGAAGGAGACCUCUAUACCUCCAGAAUCUUCACGUUCAUUAAGCUGUAAGACAAAGUCUUCUUUCGAACAUGAAAAGAAAUCUCCAUCAUCAGCCUCUUCAAGACAUUCAUCAGAGAGUGCAUGGUCUGAGUCUUCCACUCAUCAAUCAUCUUCAGCCAGUACAGUUUCUCGCUCCUAUUCAAGAUCAAAGUCUCGGUCUCGAUCCAAAGGAAGUUCCCGGUCCAGGUCAAGGUCCAGGACCAGGUCAAGAUCCAGAUCUAGGUCCAGGACCAGGUCUAGAUCUAGAUCUAGGUCCAGGUGUAGGUCUAGAUCCAGGUCCAGAUCUAGGUGUAGCUCAAGUUCUAUAUCAUCAAGAAGUAGAUCCACAUCUAGAUCUAGUUCAAAAUCUAGACACGCCCAAAGGAGAAGUACCCAAAUGCACUUCGAAAAUCUCAACCAAACAAAACUUGACACUUCAAGAGUAGCUGCCAAGGAAAAUGAGAAAAAUGUGACACUCACUGCCCCAGUCGAAGCUGUUCCUGCAGUUCCUUUAAGUGAGAGCCCUCCACCAUCAAGAUGGAGGCCUGGCCAGAAGCCUUGGAAGCCUUCCUAUGUUCGCAUUCAGGAAGCCCAGGCAAAACUAAGUGAAACAACACCUACAUUGAGCAGUAGAGAUUCAAAAUGUUCGAGGGAUGAUGACCUAUCUCCAUCUUUACGGAAACAACGCAGAAAUUCAGACUCUAGACGGCAUUAUAACUCUGACCGCGAGAGCGAUCGAAGUUCAACCUCAGACUAUCGGAAGAGUUCACGGAGCAGAGGAUUUAGUUCCCGGUCAAGGAGUCGGUCAUAUUCCAGGUCAAGGAGCCGGUCUAGUUCCAGGUCACGGUCACCAACUAAAUCCCCUUAUCAUGAAUCCUCUUACUCCAAGUCGUCCAGUCAUUCAUAUGAGUCCCUAGAACUGUGUGUACCUAGCAGUGAUGAGAAAUUUGACAAAAUUCAAAAGAAAAAUCCUGUUUCUAAUAAACGUGGUAAAGAUCAGCAAGCAACCUCUACUGCCAACCAUGCAAACAAAGACCGUGAAACUGGAAAGAAAUAUGAAAAGGAGCACAAUUUAUCGUCUUCGCACUGUUCCAGCGAGAGUGAGUCUCUUGAGUAUGAGAGGGGAAAGGAAAAAGUUGAAUCAAAGAAACGUAAUGUGUCAAGCUCUCAGGCAGAAUCGUUCAAAAAAAGCCACAGUAGCAAAAAGGCAGAGGGAAAAUGUGAACGUUCCAGCAAAAUUUCCAUCAAGGAACAUGCCACUGUGAAGUGUGGCUCAUCCAGUGAUAGGGUGCAACGACCAAAGAAGAAAUCUUCACGAAACAAAUCCUCUGAAAGGAAACCUGCCACAGCGUCCUACAACAAAGAGGGGGAACCUGUCAAGAAAGUUCACAAAAAGCCAAAAUUGAAAUCCGAGACGGAGUCUGAAACCGAACAGAGUAAAAGCAGCAAACUGCAAUCUGGGACCACCUCAGAGGAGGGGGAGGUGGUACAGAAAUAUGAUGGCGGCGGGACUGAGGGGAAGGUGUCAAACAGAAGAGUGAAUUCAAGAUCGGAGGUGUGCAACGCCAAGCCUUCUGGAUCGUCCAACUCAGAAGGGAGCAGCAGACAGCCAUCAGCCAGAAGGUCCUCUGUUGCCAGCAUUUCUUCAGGUUCAGCAAGGGAAAAUGAAAAGAGGCGAAAGAAGAAAGUGAAGCACAAACUUAAGAGUAAGAAAAAGUCAAAAUCAAAGAGUACUAAAUUCAAAAAGAAAAGUGAGAAGAAAAAAGUUAAAAAGGUUCCAAAAACGAAGGAGAAAUUCCACUGGCAGCCGCCUCUGGAGUUUGGGGAAGAGGAGGAAGAAGAGACAAAAACUGAUGGGCCUGGUAUAAAUGAUGUUAAAUCUAAAGUAAGGAACACGCUAUCCGGUGUGGGAAGGCAUGAUGCGGGUAACACCAUAACAAAUUGUGCUGCUUCGAUAAAAGGCAGCCAUCCAGUCAAAGAGAAUAUAGAACUGCGUGAAUCUCCAACAAGUGCCUCAGGAUUCAAACAGGAAGUGGAAUUGCCACCAAAACAGAGAAAAGGUGAUUCAACAAAGGCUGAAACCUCAGCAGCAAAACCAGGAGCAGCGGAAAAAGCCAACCCUCAGAGCAAAAGUGUGAAGAGCACUACCCCAGACAAAUGCACGUCUGCGUCAGCAACACGGAAAAACAGUGAGAAAGAAGCAUCUGCUUCUGAAGCUGGAUGUUCCAAAGGAGCGAAGAGUGCAGGAAUCAAAUCAGAAAGUGACAACUCAGCAGAGAAAGCUGGACAGAAUAAAAAAGAGACAAGUGGCGCUGAGGUUGUCCAAGCAUCCGAUAUCAAUGGAAGUACAAUGGAAAAUAGCGUGAGGACAGAAAAUGAGCUAACGGACAGUAACAAAUGGAAACCUUUAAAAGUAUUACCAAGUGUCCAAUCAGCCAGCCCCUUAGUUAAUCCAGAGGUUAAAGUAGAGGCUACUGAAUCUGAUGGCAAACCCCAAGGGCUAAAAAUAGAAAUUAAAAGCAAAAAUAAAGUCAAACCAGGCUCUCUUUUUGAUGAAGUUCGGCGGACAGCAAGGUUGAACCAAAGGCAGAGAAACCAAGAAACUUCGAGCGAAGAGGACUCGCCAUCCAGAGAUAGCAAUAGUAGGUCUCGAAGUAGCUCACGUGGCCAUUACAGAUCCAGUUCAAGAGACAGAACACAUUCCCGAACGAGAUCACGGUCAACCAGUCGAUCGAGGAGUCGAUCAAGAAGUUAUAGCUCUUCUUACAGGUCCCGCAGUUACAGCAGAAGUCGAAGUCGACGUAGGCACAGCAGAGGUCACUCAAGUCACAGCAGCUCUUAUAGAAGCUACAGAAGCCACAGUAGAACCUAUAGUCGAAGUCGUUCUAGAAGCUUGUCAUCUAGACGUCACCGGAGGUCUAGGUCUGAUUCAUACGAUAGCUACGACAGUAGGAGCAGAAGUCGGAGCCGUAGCUAUCACAAAUCCCGAAGGUCCAGAAGCUGGGACAGAAGCUACAGGUCAUACCGAUCAUACAGCAGGAGUGAUCGGAGUUACUCUCGCCAUCGGAGCCACAGCGAGAGCAGCAGGUACAGCUGACGGACACAGCGCUGCCCGGGUCUCCCUCAUUCUUGCAGAAUGCCUGCCCUCUUUCCCUGCACAGAUUCAGAACUAUUUAUUGGUGACUGAUGCAUUCGAGCCGUUACUUUAAGCAUUGGGGACAAAGACUGCAAUGAAGCAACUAUGUGCACGGGUAUCACAGCAGUUAGUGAGUGGGAGGGAGGGUUUGUUUUGAGUUUUCUGUUUUUCUCUUUUUUUUUUGCAAACGAAAUGUAUUAAACUCUUAGCAGUUCUUGCUGAGGGGAAAUGUAUUUGUAUCUGCAGUUUUGUAUGUAAGCAAUAAUAUUUACCUUUAAUAUGUACUGUACUUAACUGCAUUAUUCUGUCAUAGUUUAAAG